GCUCGCUCCCCAAACCUGCCCAAAAGCGAACGGCAACCGAAACAGCCAUUAAUGUCCCCAAUUUUCGUUUAAAAGUUUUGCCGCCGUUUGCUCCAUCUCUUCACUCACUUAGUUAUUCUCGCUUUCCUGCGUUGAGAGAUAUUUUGUUAUAUGGCGUUUAGGACGUUUCCGAUGGCAACAAGUAAUCGAGAAUUCACUGUUGACGACAACGACGACGACGACGACUUCGACUGGGAAGCAGCCGUCAAAGAAAUUGACGUGGCCAGCCUAUCAGGAAUUCACUCUGCUUCAUCACAUUCACUUCAUCCUUCCCUAACGGAAUCCUCCGACGCCGCUGCAGAAACUCCAGCUUCAUUUCCACUUUCCGAGGAGAAUGAAAAACGCGGAACUUCUCGCCAGUCUACACUUCACAGAUUUAUCGUGAAUGCCAAGUUUCGAAAGAAAACAAUGGACGUCGAAAAACCGGUUCAAGAUCCCGGCCUUGUUGAAGACUCGGUUGGUCUUGUUGACAUAGACGAGGAGGCAGCUAAGACCUGGAUAUAUCCAGUUAAUGUUCCUCUUCGGGAUUAUCAGCUGGCUAUUACAAAGACAGCACUAUUUUCAAAUACAUUGGUGGCUUUGCCUACAGGACUUGGAAAGACUCUCAUUGCUGCAGUUGUUAUGUAUAACUACUUCAGAUGGUUUCCUGAGGGCAAAAUUGUAUUUACUGCUCCUUCUCGACCACUGGUCUUGCAACAGAUAGAAGCAUGCCAUAAUAUUGUCGGAAUACCACAAGAAUGGACCAUUGACAUGACAGGCAUGAUAAAUCCGGCAAAAAGAGCAUCUUUUUGGAGAAGUAAAAGAGUUUUCUUUGUUACACCACAAGUACUAGAGAAGGAUAUUCAAUCAGGCACAUGUUUGAUGAAAUACCUGGUUUGCUUAGUGAUUGAUGAAGCCCAUCGAGCACUUGGAAAUUACUCUUAUUGUGUUGCAGUUCGUGAGUUAACAAAAAUACCUGUGCCACUAAGAAUACUAGCCUUAACUGCCACACCAGGAUCAAAGCAUCAGGGUAUUCAGCAAAUCAUUGACAACUUACACAUUUCAACCCUUCAAUAUCGUGAUGAAAGUGAUCAUGAUGUCAGUCCAUAUGUUCAUGACAGGAAAAUAGAAUUGAUUCAAGUCGCAAUGGGAGAAGAUGCUGUUGAGAUAGAUAAUAAGCUCCUGGAAGUUAUGCGACCAUUUGUGGCCAAACUUCGUUCAAUAGGAAUACUCCAGAACAGAGAUUACAGAACGUUGAGUCCAUGUGAUUUACUGAACUCUAGGGAUAAAUUUCGUCAAGCACCCCCACCAGUCCAUCCACACAUUAAGUAUCAUGACGUAGAGGGUUUCUUUGGAGUACUCAUUACACUAUACCAUAUACGUAAGUUACUUUCAAGCCAUGGAAUAAGGCCAGCGUCUGAGAUGCUAGAAGAGAAGCUACAACAAGGGUCUUUUGCAAGAUUUAUGAGCAAAAAUCAUCAUGUCUGCGAAGUGAGACUCAUAAUGGAGAAGAGCUUGACCCAUGGUGCACCAAGUCCCAAAUUGUCCAAAAUGAUGGAAGUAUUGACCAACCAUUUUAAAACGAAGGAUCCACAAGAUUCAAGGGUGAUUAUAUUCUCGAAUUUCAGGGGAAGUGUAAGGGACAUUAUGAGUGCACUAUCCAAGAUUGAAGACAUUGUCAGAGCUACUGAGUUUAUUGGUCAAAGCUCAGGAAAAUCUCUCAAAGGUCAAUCACAAAAGGUUCAACAGGCUGUUUUGGAGAAAUUUCGUGCUGGCGGGUUCAAUGUCAUUGUUGCCACAUGCAUUGGUGAAGAAGGUCUUGAUAUAAUGGAAGUCGAUCUUGUUAUCUGUUUCGAUGCAAAUAUUUCACCAAUAAGAAUGAUUCAGCGGAUGGGUAGAACCGGAAGGAAGCAUGAUGGAAGAGUGGUAGUUUUAGCAUGUGAAGGGUCAGAAUUGAAGGGUUACAUGAAAAAGCAAGCAACAAGCAAGUCUAUAAAGAAGCACAUGCAAAAUGGGGGAGUAAAUAGUUUCAACUUUCAUGCUAGCUCUAGAAUGAUUCCACAUGCUAUCAGACCAGAAGUCCAGUUUGUUAAGCUGUCUAUCAAACAAUUUGUUCGUCCUGGAAAAAAAGUGAAAGAUGAUCAUGCUGUUCAGAUAUCAUUUAAGAACAAGUUAACUGAUACUGAGACUCAGUUACUUCUCAAGUAUUUCCAUCCUUGUGACGAUGCAUGGCGGCCGUCCCUUAUUGCCUUUCCUCACUUCCAGACUUUUCCCUCAAGAACCCAUGGAGUAUUGCAUUCAUGUAGAACAAUGGUUCUGAUUGACACAAUGCAACACUUGCAAGGACUGCAUUUUUCUAGGGAAUCUGAAUCAUUCUCUGUUGCACAGUCAAUAAAUGAAGUCAACGCAUCAAAAGCAGAAUUAGAAGUGCCAUUAGUGUAUCCUGAAGUCUCACUACCCCAAAAUUCUGCAGAAAACAAUUGUAUUUCUGGUUGCUGUUCUCCCAAACAUUCUACAAUAGACAUCAUUGGUUCAGGUAGCAAAUUAUUGAAUUUUUCUGAGCCAGGUUCUUACUGUGUAAGAACUGCUCAGGACUUAAUUGUGCCAACUGAAGCUGUCAUCAAGCAGACAACUUCACAAACAAAAAUCUUACCUGAUGAGUUUUUUCCAAGCCCUGAAACAGAUUGUGUUCCUGUCUUGGAGGACAAAGCAAUGAAUCUGAUUGAGACAAAUCAUCAAAACACUCUCUUGAAGAGGAUUUUUUUUAAUAAAGAUACUGUCGAUGAAAAACUUGUUCUGGAAAUCGAGCCGCAAUUCACCCCGGCUGACGAAUUCAGUAUUACUGAGACUCAGCUUAGUCCUCGUCUCACUAAUUUAAUCGAGAGUGGUUUUGUACCAGAUUCACCAAUUGAUGAUUGUGGAUAUUCUAGACAACGGAUAUCUGAAUCAGCAAAAUCCCAGUUUAUUUUGCCUGCCCAAGUGGAUGGUCUACAGCUUUUAAACUCCUCAAGUUCUGGGAUAAAUGAAAUGAUUAAUUGUAAUGCGGGCUUUUGUGCUGGAAAUGAUAUUUUUCUCGCAAGCAGUGAAGGUCAAUCUUCUGCACUCAAGGAUAAUGAGAGCGUGGGUAUAAAAUCACAUGCCCCUACAUCUCCUAUGGCUGAUGAAAUACAAACUCCCUUGGCUACUAUUGCAAGCAGUUGUGAUAAUGAAGUUUGGGAUUCAGUUAAUGGAGAAAAGUUUAGCAGUGUACCGAAACCCCACAAAUUCAAAAGAUUGCGAAAGGUUGGAGACAUGAAGAAAAAUGAAAACAUUGAAAGCAUGGCAAAAACUUCAAUUUCUCCAUUGGGAAAUAUGGUUGGAACUUUUUCUAGCACCAGACAAUUUAAAAAAAAGAAACGCGAUGGUGAAAGGAGAUUUGACGACAAUGUUAAAGCAUUUAUCGAGGAGGAAGCUGAGGUGUCUUCGGAUGCUACCAUAUCUGGGGAUGAAGAUGACAACAUUAAGAGCUCGUCUGAUAGUUUCAUAGAUGAUAGGGUCAAUGCUAGUGCCUCGAGUACUCAAGAUGGAACAAGCAAACCUGAUAUGAUGGCAAUUUACAGGCGUUCUUUGCUAAGUCAAUCACCAUUUGGGAGGUUGACUUCACCCCUAGCGACCAGGGUAACUGAAAGUGAAACUUCUCCUGACAAGACAUUGAAUAUUUUCCAGUCAACUGUAACAGACGACGUCAAUCAAUCUCAUACACUGCAUUCAAAACAUGUGAAAAUGAACUGCAGCCCAGAAGUUGUAAUUGCUACAAUUGGUGUCUGCCCAAGGACGACAGACGUGGAAAGCAUGAAUAGAAAUUCGACAUUUUGUACAUCAGAACCUGUUCCUGUACUUAAUUUGGAUAAACAGUUUGAGUUGGUGGUGGCAGGGAGAGAAUCCAUAAGCGAAGUGGAUUCAAAUAGAAAUGUAUUCAUUGAUGAUGAUGAAUUUUAUGAAGGUCUUGACCUUGAUGCAGUUGAGGCCCAUGCAAAAUUGCUCCUCCAGAAGAAAGUUGAGUUGCCACAGAUUAUGGUUACUCAGCAACAGAAGAAUAUUCCUAUCGACACUUCUCCAUCUUUUGAUCUUGGGAUAUGACCGUUUUCUAUGUGCAUAUGACUUGUUCAAAUACUUAAUUUCCGGAAAAUAUAAUCUGGAAAGUUUGGUAUUUGUUUUUGGACUCAUACUCCUGAUUUUCUUCGUGAUUGGGGGAUAUCAAAGUGGCACGUAUGCUUAAAUUAUGAUUUAGUGGUUGGGUGGGGAGGAGUAUGUAAAAAACAAAUACUACACUGCGUUGUACAAAAGUUAUUAAAAUAAGAAUUUCAGUUUUGUUACUUCAUGUUUUCUA